UUGUGGAUGUGACGGAGACGUUUACUCUAAGGUGAGAGCAGCACUUUACCGGAUCAGACUGAUGCUGUAAAGACCACGAAGCGUUUUCCUUCAGGAAAACCGUCAAACUCCUCUUCCCGUGGUCCGGAGACCUCCAGAACUGCAGUUCGCUGACUGAUUGUGAAGAGAAGUCUGCACUGAUGUCUGCAGGACUCUGCCGGCUCUGCUCCAAACUCAAUGUCCAGGAUUUCCGCUUUGGAAUGAGAGGCCUCAGAAACUACUGUCUGUCCUGCUGCGUGAACACGCUACUGCAGAGCUUCUCUGCUACCUGGGAACUAGCAGACCUACUCGACAAGUGGGAAACAGCUGGCAUGAGGACGGACAGUCCUAACGUCCCCCUGCAGCUGAAGAGGGUUCUCGCCGCCAUGAGGAGCGACGUCUCUCAGCCUGCUCCCCAUCAGGACUUCCUCCGCAGCCUGGACAGAAACUGCCUUCGACUUUAUACGCAGCAUGACGCUGACGAGGUGUUCAUCUCCAUCCUGAACCUCAUCCAGCAGCAGAUGGAUGACAAAGCUCUGGCUCUUGAAAUCCAGAAUCUGUACAGGAUUUCUGUGGAGACGCUGGUGCAGUGUUUGGAGUGCAGCUCCGUCCAGACCCAGACCAGCUACCUGCUCAGCCUGCCGCUGCACAUCAAGGAAGACGAUAAUUCUCUGGAAGACUGCAUGAGCUCCUUCUUUGAGCAUCAGGAGCUAAGGGGCAUAAACUGCUGCUUUUGUGCACAAUGUGGAAUGAAGACUCCAUCGAAACAGUGUGUCAAACUGCUCUCCCUGCCUCGUAUCUUGUGCGUGCACCUCAAAAGGUUUCGAAAUAGCCGUGGAGGCACCCGGAAACUUGAUUGCAGGGUUACCUUUCCAGAAACCUUCGAAUUCUCUGAGAUUUGUAAAGAAGCCUUCUCCUCAGACUUUGCCCAGAAUAACUGCAAGUACACUUUGCAUGCAGUGGUUGUGCACUCUGGUUGUGCAAUGUGUGGACACUAUACUGCCUACGUUCGUCACAGGACGAACCAGCGCUGGUACUAUGCAAACGACAGCCACGUAAAACAGGCCUCCUGGGAAGAAGUGAAGAGGACAUAUGGAGGAUAUUGCGGAGACACGGCUUACAUGUUAAUGUACAGAAGCGGUUCGAAUGAAGGCAGACCACAACCUGAAUUUUCUGGCUGACUGGAUGGAUGAGAUGAAAUUAACCUGGGGUCAUGGAGCAAUAAAGGGUGAACAUGGGGAUAUAGGAAUUUAAACACUAACUUGCUUUACAUGAUUAUUAGUUAUAUUUUGAUUUUAGUGCAUGUGGUGAAUGGUUUUAUAUUCAAUGAAAUUUCCGACUUCAUGGAGCUCAUCAGUAGUUUCUGCUAAACGCCAGUAGGUGGUGCUAAAGACUAAAAACAGUGAAGUUUUCCCCUCUCAGACCACACACACUGUGAACACACUCAUGCUGUGGGCUUGGUUUGAGCAGAAUGCUUAGCUUAGUUAUUCACUGUUGGGGGGGGGGGGAGUACCUGCCAUAGGAUUUAGUGUAACAGUGCUGCAUAAUAUAUGAGUCACCCAUGAAGAACAAUGAAGUCACUUUUUUCUCAUUUGAGCUGCCUGAAAAACAACAACAAUCAUUUCAUUCUGAUGAUUUGAUGCCCUGCAUUUUCUCACUACCUGCAGGCCUUUUAACGUGUCAUUACAAACCUGAUUUGGAAUGACACACCUUGAUGUUUUUUCACUCUUGUUGAUGCAUCAACACCAGCAAAUCUGAGCUCAUAAUGCAUGAGUGUCAGGCACUGAAAGGUGCCCGUUCUGUAUGUGUUUGUUUUGAAAAUGCAUUGAGGAAAUUACAAUUAAAAGAUGUUUAGUGUUGCACAUAGGUUAAAAGUUGCAUAAACAUUAUAUAGAGCCACGGUGCUUGAAUGCUCGGAAUAGGCUGUCAGCGGGGCCUCUAAAGUUCCCACUCGCUUCGCCAAGAGUCGGGGGACCAUGUGAAAUGGUGCUUAUGUGCUGCAGAACUCUGACAGAAUGGAACAUGUCUGCACAGUGCCACAGGCAGCAGGCCUCAUGCUUAGUCAUUUCAUUGCCAUAUAGCACAGGCGCAGACACCACCUAUACAGAAAGUACUGAAAGUAUAGGUGGUGUCUUCCUCCCACAUUCAAAGACCACAGCUCGGUGUCUAUAUUAAUGGUUAAAUCUGAGAGAGUCACAGAAAUUGGUAGGUGUUUCACACUGAAUUCAAUUCUGCUGACUCAUACAACUAAGAAUGUGACGCUGGAAACAGUCAUACUAAUAAAGUCAACUGAAAUAUGCUGAGAAAAAAAUUACCUUUUUCCAUUUUUAAAUGUUUAAAUAAGUGAAUAUGCAGAUGGAUUCAUAAGCGAUAUCAUGCAUUGUUAUUAUCUAUAGCACCAGUGAUCCAGUGAUGGAGCUCAGAUCAUUCAUUUAAAGCAGCUCUAAUCAACAUUGAAUAACAUUGAAUCAAAUGACUGUGUGUAAUGUGAAAGAUGUUGCUCGCAGUGACAAACUCACAGAGAAGUAUAAACCAACAAUGCAGUUCCCUUCAGCUCUACGGAGCUUUUUUAGCGACUUUUCAGCUCAUUGCUCAAAACAGAACUAAAGGAGAUUGAAUGUUUGACUUAGAUUCAUCAGUCGGCAAAUUAAUGCUAUUGUUUAUUUGUUUCUGCUGGAUGUAUAAAUAGUGUUAAUAGCAAAUGUUCGCUAAUGUGCUUGCCAUGUUAAGUUAAAAGUUGAUAAUAUGUUCACAGUCUGUUUCUGCUGCCCCCAAGUGGACAGCAAAAGCAGUUGUUGCAGGUGAAAGUAAACUGUCUUGAUACAAGUAAAAGUCGGGUAUUCAAAAGGUACAUGAGUAUUAUCAGCAAAAUGUAGUAAAGUAUGAAAAGUAAAAGUACUCAUUAUGCGUAAUAAUCCCUUCCACGGUGUUAGAUUGUACGAAUGAAGUACAUUUACUACAGUACUGUGCUUAAUUACAAUUUUGAGAUACUUUACUUGAGUAUUUCCAUCUUAUGCUACUUUAUACUUCUACUCCACAGUAUUUCAGAGGGAAAUAUUGUACUUUGUCUGACUGCUACAACAUUAAAAUACUGCUUACAAUUUUAUACAAACUAAUACUAGAAUGUACAAUAACAUACUUUUGGUUUUCAAAAGUAAUAGUACUCAACAUGCAGAAAGGCCCCUUUCAUAGACCAUUGGUUAGUUUAAUCUAUGGAGUGCAUCAUAUUUUAUUUUGUUGUUCAUCUAAAUCUGCAAACUUACUAUUAACCGAAGCUGUCAGGUAGUAAGAAGUACAAUAUUUCUCUCUGAAAUGUAGUGGAGUAGAAGAAUAAAGUAGCAGAAAAUGGAAAAACUCCAGUGAAGUACAGGCACCUCUGUAUUUAGGUUUGCCUGAGAGUUACACGCUGACAGUAACUACAUUUAAUGUACCUAGCUACUUUACACUACGUAAUAAUACUAGGGGUUUGUGUAAAAGGCACAUCUGGUAUAUGUGUCCCAAUACAACUGACGGAUUGUCCUGAUUGUGAACAACUGAAAUUGUAGCCAAAACAUAAGUCUGAAUUGGAAUAUGAGAAGUCCAUUUCCAAAGAACUGCUUCUUCUCUUUUUAAUUAAUAAUUCACGUUGUAUCACCUUGUGUCAGGUAGAUGUUAGACGACCACCUGUUUCGCACCGCCCUGACAUUGACCACAUCACAUGCUAACAAUACACUUGUACGACAUAGGCGGCACACCUUGAGGCCACAUGAAUGAAGCCUCACUGAACGUCUGUAUGUCUUAGUUUCCUUUUCAAGCACAUGUCGCACAUGCAUGAGGUCUUUGUCGUUAUUGUCUGAGCUUGAGCUCUGUCCGAAUGUGGUAACUAAAACACUGCAGAUCUUAAUCUCUGCAAUUUAGUUUUAGCUCUUUAUUAUGGUCAGGUGUAAGCCAGUUCGCCAAGGACACCUUACGUUGUACUGUUUUGACGCAUCAUCUCUCCAACAGUGAUAGUGAUUGACCCAAUAAAUCAGUAAAACCACAAGCGAGGCAGAUAUAUGGUGUGAACAUAGUCCCAGCAGGCACAAAGACGAUAUCAGCAAGGAUGAUAUUCCUCAUGCUUUGCCGUGUGGCAACACUUAACACUGUUUUCUUUGGAGAAUAUAUCGAGGUUCGUUAAUGCUUUUCCGUCAUUGUUGAUGUGUGUUUACCAGUUACUAGGUGAGCACACCACUGUGAUGCGUCGAGGAGAAAAUGGAAUUUGGCUAUUUGAGAACCACUCUGAAAUUUUCCCUUUUUGUGUGGAGGAUUGCACAGGCUUAGAUAAAUGCCUGUGUCUGACUGUUUUUUGAAAGUGACAGCCAGCUACUAAGUAUUCCAGCCCUCUGUCUGUUUGAUGAUGAUCACCAAGUAUGUCAUUUCAUGUCGAAGAAUAGCACUCAUGAAGGCAAAUUAUGUAACAGAUACACAGGUUGUAAUGCCUCCAUUUUAUGGCUUAAUGUCAGUCUGUCAUUCAUCCACCACGUUGGUCCAGACUGAAAUAUCUCAACUAUCUGAGAUCAAACAUCAUUCAUGGUCCCCAGAUAAUUAAUUCUAAUGACUUUGGUGAUCAACUGACUUUUCCUGUGGCACCAUCAUGGUUUAAAUGUUUUGGCUUUCAUUAAGCCAGCAGCCAGUUAGCAAUCAUCCUCACCUGUAGGUUGUACUUAUUGCUAAUUAGCAAACUAGCGCACUAACAAAGAUGGCGGACAUAGUAAACAUAACACCUGCUUAACAUUAGCUUGUUAGCAUAGUCACUGUUGGCACGUUCACAUUAGCAUUCAGCUCAAAGUGCAGCCUCACAGGGCUGCUAGCAUGGCUGUAGAUCAGUACAGGCCUUACAACUUACUUUACGUUUUUCUGAAUUUGAAUAUGUGAUAUAAAGGCAGCUUUAACCACAUCAAAUCAUGUUCCACCAGUCAAGCAGCAGCUACUGCUUCCCUGCUAAGAUAGUUAGCUUUAGCAGGAGUUUAGCUAGAUUUUCUCCAUAAUAAAUGGAUUUAGCUACUGCCUCAUUUGUGUUGAAUAACAAUUACAAAGAUGUCUGUUCAUCCAAAUUGAUAUUUUCUAUUACUCAUGAUAGCUUGGGAAAACUCAGUAAGUAAAUAUAGUUUUGGUUUUAGCCAAAGGUUUGUCACCAGCUAGCUUUCCCUCAUAACUCACCCAGCCAGAGAACGGUAACUGUGGUUUUACUCAGUUUUAGCUGUUUUGUAGUUUCUGCAGUUUUGUACAUGCUGUAUUCAUAGAAAUGAUACAUUUCCAUGGUUACUUGCAUUUUGGCUUUGUAGUGGAGUGUCGAGUUGCCUGUGUCAUUCAGAAUUUACAGGUUUCAUUUUCUGGUUUAUUUUUACAACCUUAAAGAGGAACUAAUUUGUGCACUGUCUCUACACGGUUCCUGUUUUCUGCUCAGGAUAGACAUUGUGAAUGGGGGCUGCAUGGCCUGUUAAAUUGCUGUUUGCAGGAAUGCUCCCCCACGAGAUGACUGAGUAAGGGAAGAUGAAGCCCUGUCCUGGCUGCCCCAGUCUUUAAUAACCUAUUUAACAGCAAAUCUCUGAAUGCUUCAGGGGUGGCAACCCAGCUCACACAGCUAUUCUUUGGUUACAUAAUGAGGUUUCAAAUAGGAAAUGGUUCUCUUUCGCUCUAUGCAUGUCCAACAUGCAGGCCUGGUGACCAUGGUGAAGUCUGCUUUUGUAAAUAGCAAACAAGAACUGAAGGCUGAACGUCUGCUGCAUGACUUAGAUUUUUCCUCUCAUAUUGAAAAAAAUUGCUAAAUCAGAUAAAGGAGCACAGAGCUGAAAAAGUCUCAGCAUAAUUCUUCAAAAAAAAAAAAAAAAAAAAAAAGAACACCAUCAUAAC